UGGCUCUGAUAGAAGAACUAUAGUAUGGGAUUUACAAGAAAUAGGUGCCGAACAAACUCAAGACGAAAUAGAAGAUGGCUCUCCAGAAGUAUUGAUGAUACAUGCAGGACAUAAAACUUCCAUAAAUGAUAUAGCCGUGAAUCCAAACAUUAAUUGGCUCGUAGCGAGCGCUGAAGAGGACAAUAUCGUACAGAUAUGGAAAUGUUCAAGCAACAUUCCACGUAUUGGUGGCGAACCAGAGGUAGAUUUGAGCAUUCUUGACUGA